UUUCUGUCUACGAAUAUGUUGAUAAAUAUUUUAUGACAAUUUUCUUAAAAGAAAAAACACAAAUUGCUCCUUUAAAAUGUGUGUGCAAUAUGCUGAUAAAUACUUAUCAAUGCGAGCGUAAAAACAAAGCAGGGGAGCGGUAGAGAAGCCCAUUGGAAAACAGCUGAUUUGGCGCCAAUGUUACCACAUGCAAGCGUGCACAGCGGCAGAAGUUGUUUUAAUCUUCAUCAAAUUUGCGACGAUUGCUUGUAAUUAUGAUUAGUAUUGUGAUAAAAAGUUAAAUAAAGUAAAAUUUGAAAUGUUCAAUAUGCCUUUAAUACGCGGCAGCCUACAAAAAGUGCGUGGAAUAUAUCAAUUGGUGGCUAAUCAAAGCAGAGCGAGUGCACCAAGAUUUCCACAAGUUGCCCCAGCAUGCUUUCAUCUGAAUCAUGCAAUUGCCGCCAAAGUGUUUGUUGACAGAGAGAAUAAACACGCACACGACGUGCUGGUGCAAUCAUUGAAGCCUUAUCAAAUCUUCCGCGUGGAUGAAAUUACGCCACCAGCAGUAAAUGAACCUGUUACAACAGAAUUGCCUGCGCUGAUAUCUACGGCGGAACUGACUCGUGUCACUUUUGAAGAAGUAUUUGACACAUUCAACGCUCUGGCACAUUAUUGCAUAAGGACAAACACCUGUAUCUCAGAUAGUCGCUUUGAACAAUUCUGUAAAAUUUUCUGUGAACAAACUCAUAAGCUCAGCAAUGAACAGUUGUUAUCCGCUCUACGACUACUAUCCCAACUGCCAUCAGAGGAGUCAGUACGUGAACCUAACUAUAUGCAAUUGUGGAACAAUUUGGAUGUGGAGUGCUGCCGCCGCAUUGAGCACUGGUCAAGUGAUGAGCUCCUAUUGGUUUGCGAUGCUUGGUACUCCUUGAAUUUAGCGCGCGUAUGUGAGUUUGUCUGGGAAGCUUUACGCAAGUUGGGGCGCAAGGUACGACGUAUGCAACCUGAGCAGUUGGUCCAAGCAAUGUUCUACUGCAAUGUGCUGCGCCGGCCAGUGUUCGAAAUGUUCGAUUUCGAAGUAAAUUUAGCACGUUUUGUUGAUACAAUGUCACUGCAGGAGUUGGGUGUAAUGUCAAUGGGUUUCUUCAAGACACAAACACCCAUACGUAAUCCUGAAUUGCUUGAUCACUUGUACAAACGUCUUAUAGCGGAAAUAGAAACAGUUGAUGAUAUCACAUUGGUAUCCAUAUUGAAAGUGCUGCGUUAUAGCAGUAAAAUACCACAAGUGCCACAAAUGAUGGAGUUGAUGGAGGUGUUGCAAACACAAAUAUCACGUAUUUCACUAAUGAGCUGCUUGCACGUUGCGCUGUUUGGUGUGGAACUACAGUGUUGCCAUGAUGGCGUCUUAGAGUUAGUGCUGCAACGCUUCAAUCAAGACAUCGAAAAUGCGCGCUUAAAAGAUAUGGAACGCAUAUGCUUGGCAAUAUCUGUGUUUAACUAUCGUAGUCCAACCGGUGUUGAACAAGAGUUAUGUGCGAAAAUCUUGUCUCUCCUUGAAACCAAAGUCGAUGAAAUCUUAAAAUACCCGCGUUGCUUCGUCGCCUGCUUGCAUUAUUUAACUCUAUGUGGGCAUUAUAAUAAAGAGAUGAUAACUUCUGUGCUAGAUAAGCGAUUCGUUGAUCUUGCUUAUGGUAAAAAUGUGACCGCUGGACGUGAAAUCUUUAAUUUAGACUCUUUUGUGAAAAUAAAUUUGAAGGAUUCCAAUUACGUUGGCAAUGAGUUGUCAGAAAAGAAGCGUCGCUCCUUGGGUAAAGUGCUGACACAGUAUAUACCUGAACGAAAUCAAAAGUUUAGACUAAAUAAAACCGAUCGCAUACUGCUGGAGAUUAAGGAGACGCUGGAACGUAUACUGCGCCCAAAUACAUUGAAACACAUAUUGCCACAUUUCGAGCGGCCAGAUGUGGUUGUUUGCUAUGAUAACACGCUUCGUCAGGCAAUACCACUUGCAAGCGGCUGUCCGGAGGAUUAUAGCGGCGCUAUCUUGACACGCGACCUGCUGUUGGGUGACUCGGUAAAAACGAAUGUGGACAGCAUCGCUGUGGUCAUAGUUGGCUGGAACAAUGUUGUAAAGGACAAACAAAGAUUUACGGGAUUAUUUGAGUUGAAGCUAAAGCAAUUGCGCAUGCUAGGACACAAACCCAUAUUGAUAUAUUGGCAUGAGUGGCGCGCACUAGAGACCCCCAUGGAUCGUCAACAAUUUUUAAAACGGAAAUUAGCCAAUACAAUAAAUUUGUAACAUUAAAUGUACAAAUAACGCCACUAAUAUUAGUUAGCGAAUUAUAUACCUAAGGAACACAAUGUAAAAUCAAAUAUUGAAAAA